AUGGGCAUUGUCGUAAGUGAGGAUGCGAAUCGCGGCCGCAACGAACAGCAGAAAAUUGAUGCCAUUGUGGCUGAAAAUGAUUACGGCCUGGUCAUGGUGACACUCGAUCAAAUCUCGGUCUUCCUGGGCUCGUGGUGGACUACGUCGCUUAUUGGUCGGAUACAGGUGAUGCCACUCGAAUGCCAUCAUGAAGAGGUUUCGGGGCUAAUCGAACGGGCUGCUCUUGGGACUUUUGGGUUUUAUUUCGCUGGGAUUCCCGCUUGGGCUAUGUCCACGUGUUUAUCAAUCUGUCGGCAUCAUCCCCUAGAGCGCUUGAUUUCCACUUUUCAAAACUUUUUCCCGAAUGACGACGCGGGCUCGAAGCUUGUGAGGGCUUCAUUUACAAUCCUUCACUCUGCGACCCGAGGGGCCCUUCUCGUCCUCGCAAUGCAAACCUACAUGUACUCACUACUUCAGUCUCUUCAUCUAAUUCCUCCUGCCUCCAUGCCAAGUAUUGGAUCCUUCAUGCCGUUCGGCGAAUUUAGCUCGAUGCUUCUCCCAAGUUUCCCUCCAGACCUUUCUUUGUGCUCCCUGAGCAAUUUUGCUUGGAACUUCUUAAAAACGCCUUCCCUGUUCUACAUUUAUGUCUAUCUGCGGCCAGUGAUUGAAGUCCGACUAUAUAGGCUGAUUCGCAGACGAUUACCCAAGCCUAAGCUAACAGAUGAUCUAUCAAUUAAGGUGGCAUUUGAAAACGAUCUUGUCGAUUGGAUGGUACCUACUCUCGGACGUCGGGCUGCAGAGGAGACACAGCGCAGCAAACUGUCCUUAAUGGAAGAUCUGUCCUAUGAGCUGGGUGCACUUCGGCAAUGGCUGUCCUCUAAGAUACCCUUCAGGUCACGCUGGUCUUCUCUUGUCCAUACAGCCCAAGAGCAAUCCGAGACUCCCCAGCCGCAGGGUCAACCAGCUUAUCGAUCCCUUGAUCCAGAGGAACAGCAUCGUAGGUUGAGAAGUGCCCAGUGGCAUCCUGCCGAUCAAACUAUGUCCACCCAUGGAUCUGACGCACGUUCUACUGGGAGUCACAGCGCGCUAUCAAACGAAGAACUUCAGGCUCCUAAUACAGACAAUAUGGAUCUGUUGAGACGCGCAAGGAACUUGACGCUUUCAACUCGCACAUCAUCUCCAGGUCCAGACACCCACCAGCAUGAAGCUACCACAGUGAACGGAAGCCGAAGGCAGUCACACCCAGAUACACUUCUCUCCAGGUCUCAGUCGCCUGUGUCUUCCCAAUCAUCUCCUCGGGUUCGCGCACAGUUUGUCCAGGAGUCGGAUGUCAUUGCCAUGCAACUGGAGCUGGAAAGCCGUCAGACACAUGACAGGAAUGCUAUUAGAGACAGCGAUGUCGAACUACAAAAUGCCGGUGCAGGACCGGCGGGUAGUCACUCAAUUCCGGAUCUCCUUGAUACGAUUCUAUCUGACCAGGGCGGACACAUAACAACAAUGCUCGACUCCGAAGCUACAUAUAACGCUGUUGAUAUGACUGAUGCGGUACACCCCAGUCAUGGGGAAACCAUAACAGCCACUGCCUCUGGCCACCAACCAAAUGGCGUGCCGACAGGUCAAAACGCCGCUGCCUCCUCUCUUGAGCCGACGGUUUCAGGCCCGACCAAUAACCCAUCGGACGUAGAGGAAUUAGCCGUCGACGCCGAUAACAACCAACUACCCAACCGAGACGACGACGCUGCCGCCGACGCAGACUCCGAAUUUCCUCCACACUUAGCUGAUUCCGCUGCCCGCCAAAACUCAGCUAGCGAUACCGCCGCAACAACAGCCUUCAUCCCAUCCCAUAGAGUAACCAUCCUCUCCUCUCUGCCAGUGGACUCGCUGGCCUCUCAUUUAGCAGCCAUGAUCACCGCGGCCCUUUUCGCGCCCCUCGAGUCAUUUUACCUCCGUUCCCUUGCAAGAUCAUACCUUGCCUAUAAAGGAGCUCCAGCCGUUCUCCGGUCCGAUGUUUAUCCCUUGGGAACUUGGGGUGGUGGACGCUCUCAAUCCCAUACACUCGCCUAUUUGGGUAAACUUACACUCAUGAUGGGGAUCCAGGCUGCCGUAAAUGCUUCCGUUUGGGGAAUUAUCUCGGGGACUGCGAUUAGAAUUGGGAGGAAAUGGUGCGGAUGGGGUGCAUUCUGAAAGGGUUCAUGUACUGAAACGGAACGGCAUGUACGAUACCAGAUGUCGCAUUUGUAAUACUAAUGCACUGUUCUAGUCUGUUU